UCUUUAGGCCAACCUGUAGCUGUCACACACUGUAGCAGAUUUCAGCCAAAGCCUAGAAAUGGUGUAAACAUAGAAUAUGAAAGAAAUUACUACAGAAAUAGGUUAUUUCAAGGCAGGAAGCAAGCAAAUAAAACUUCAGUUGAGGACACUAACAGUAACAGAGUAACAAAAGAAACCCAGAAUUUCAAUGAAGAGAGCAUGGCUGCUGAAGACUGGGGAUCAAUGUCAGAAGUAGCCAGCUGUAGCUAUGAGGCAAGAAAGGCUGGAGUAAAAAAUGGAAUGUUUCUUGGUGAAGCCUUAAAGCUAUGUCCAUCACUACAAACAAUUCCUUAUGAUUUUGAAGGCUACACUGCCGUAUCCCAUACUUUAUAUGACACGGUUGCAAGCUACACGCUUGACAUUGAAGCUGUGAGCUGUGAUGAACUGUUUGUUGAUUGUACGGACGUUCUGCAAGAAACUGGAGCCAGUCCUAUGGAAUUUGGUACAUUUUUAAGAAAAGAAAUUAAGGAAAAGACUGGGUGUGUAGCAUCUGCUGGAUUUGCAUCAAAUAUUCUCUUAGCCCGUCUAGCCACUAAACAAGCCAAACCCAAUGGACAGUUCAAUCUAGAACCUGACAAAGUAAAUACCUUCAUGAAAAAUCAGAUGGUAAAAGAUCUCCCAGGUGUUGGUCCUGCCACAAAAUCCAGGUUAGAAACACUUGGCAUAACCACAUGUGGUCAACUUCAAUCUCAGUCCCUUCAAUUAUUGCAAAAAGAAUUUGGUCAAAAAACUGGUCAGUCUCUAUUUGACCACUGUAGGGGCUUGGAUCACCGUGUUGUAAAGAGUGAAAAAGAACGUAAAUCGGUAUCAGCAGAAGUAAAUUAUGGUAUUCGCUUUGAAAAAUUUUCUGAAGCAGUAGAGUUUAUCAAAGAAUUGUCGUUGGAAGUUCAUCAGAGACUACAGAAAGUUGGUAUGAAAGGCAGGUCGAUUACACUAAAGCUCAAGAUUCGAAAGAAAGAUGCACCAGUGGAAACUGCAAAAUUCAUGGGUCAUGGUGUAUGUGAUAAUGUAGCAAAAUCACUUCUGCUUCACACAGCAACCGACAACCCUGAGAUCAUUAGUCGAGAAUGUGCAUCCCUCCUUCAGAUGAUGAAACACAACCCUCAGGACUUGAGAGGUGUUGGUAUACAAGUUGGACGUCUGGAACCAUCCUCUGCUGAUUUAGCUGCUAAAAGUCGUUCCCUUCUUGAUUUUGUUAGCCAUCAGACUAAAGUAUUGCCAAACAAUCAGUCGGUAACUGUUAACACUGAUGACUUGGUAUCUGAAGGGAAUCAGAAAAUACCACUUCCUACUCAAGAAGAUCUAAUUCUGCCUUCCCCAUCGCAGCUUGAUCUGACAGUGUUGGCUGCAUUACCUAAAGACUUACAAGAACAGAUCCAGAGAGCUUACCAUGAUAAACAUUUAUCCAACGUGGGUAGUGAGAUCCUUGCUCAAGCUUCAUGUUCAAAAGUGGAGGUUCUACAGCCAGUCGAAGAAAAAAUUUCUUCUGAGACAGGAGAAAACAGGAAUACAGUGAACAAGACGAAUUGCUUGAAUUCUGGUGAAAUUACCAGUACAGAAAUAACAUCUGAUGCAAAACCAGAACCCAAUCAAAGUGUCCAAUCUCGUGAGAAAAAAUUUUUCUCUAAAAUAGUAGGAAACGAAGAGUGUGUAGAAGAUAAAACUUUUCCUGAACUUAAAGGAGAGAAACUACUUCUAGAAAAGUCAAGUUCUUCUUCAACAGGAAGAAGUGAACGAUGUUUGGAGAACACAAGUUACUUUGUUCCAGAAGAUGGUUUUACUUCUCGAGAAGUAAAAGAGUUGGAGAAGCAAAUGUCAUUAUUUGGAUCAGGAGGAAGUGCCCAGUUAACGAAACAGUUGAGUAAUACUGAAGUAGAUGGUACUGUGCUGAAUAGGGAGAAGGAGCCAGAUACUGUUCCUGAGGUCUUUGACAGAAGUGUGUUUGAAGCAUUACCAGCCGAGCUGCGUUCCGAAGUUAUGGAAGCCUACAUGAACGAAAAAUCAAAUAGUGGUUUGUGCAAUCCUAACAGCAUGGAUGAUGAUUUUAAGGAAGAUGCAAAAACCUACAGAUCUUUAUUCAGACCUGAUCGAGUAAAUUCUCCCAAAAAGAAACAAGUGAAAAUAAGAAGACCACCGAAGGUUAACCAGUACAAACAAACCACUAGGAUCACUGAUGUUCAUGGUUUACAGAAGAAGGUACAUCCAGAUGAGAGAAUACAGGAAGUAAUUAAUGAAAAUGUCUCUAACCUUCAGUGGACUCCUGCAAGCAUCUGUGGGCAAACACAAAUAGAAGAUGUGAAAUCUUUAAUGAAAGAAUGGAUUGAGUCUACUCCAGAGCCAGAAGUUAAAGAUAUGGAAGUAUUUGGUGAUUACAUACUAGAUGUAGUGGAGGAAAGAGAUUUGGAAAAAUUAGAUCUGUUGAUCAAGUACUUUCACAGGUUAGUGAAAAGAAUUCAAAAACCUUCCUGGGAAGAUGUGUACAUGUCAGUUGUUAACAAAAUGCAAUCCAAAGUUGUACAAAUGUAUGGAUGUGCUCUACAGAUUGAUGUAUUUUGACUAAUGUACAGUGUUUGAAAUUAGUUUUUAUGUCCUAUAUGAAAUUUAUCCUGGGUAAUGUUUGUACAAAAAAACUGCUGUCUUUUUGCUUGUAUUUAUUUUGAAUCACAUUUUAAAAAUAUUAUUUUAGUGUAUUUAAUAUUUAACUUGUACAAUAACUUGACUGUGCGGUAUUUCCUGUCAAAAAGUGUUUUCUUGCUGAGCAGUCAGCUAGGCUCACUAAUUGGAAGUUUGGAGAAUACCAGAUUAGAGAUUAUAUUGGUCUCUCUUAUCUAUAUCUAGGAUAAUCUAGAACAGUAUUUCUCAACCACUGGUCCAUGGGCUGGUGACAAUUAAUGACAACCUUC